AUGGACAGUGACAUCAGCGUGAAAUGCGCUUGGGGUGCACCCGGGGAGCAGAUCAACAAAAUAAGUAGCCGCGAAUUACAAAUCAACAAACCUGCUGCCAAAACAAUCCAGAGCCCUGAUGGUGAUAUUAUAGAUUGUGUUAUGUUUCAUAAACAACCAGCUUUUGAUCAUCCUCUCUUGAAAGGACAUAAAUUAUUGAAUCCUCCAAAAAUUCCAAGAAAGCACAACCAAACGAGAAUUUUGAACAACAAAUUUCAAUUGUGGAGUUUAUCUGGUGAGACAUGCUCUGAAGGAACAAUUUCAAUUAGAAGAACAAAAGAAAAAGAAAUAUUAAGAGCUACGUCUAUUAGAAAAUUGGGAAGAACAUUCAAUAUUAUACAAAAGGAUAGCAUUAACAAUGGACACGAGUAUGCAAUUGGGGCCGUGACUGGGGAUGCGUUCUAUGGAGCAAAGGCUACCAUUAAUGUGUGGGCCCCACAUGUAGAAACUAACCCACCAGAAUUUAGCUUGGCUCAAAUAUGGAUCGUCGCUGGUACAUUUGGAACAGACCUCAAUUCCAUUGAAGUUGGUUGGCAGGCAUGUUUACCCUAUGGGGACAGCCAACCUAGAUUGUUUAUAUAUUGGACGAGUGAUGCAUAUCGGAAGACAGGGUGCUAUAAUUUACAAUGUCCAGGAUUUGUUCAAACUAGUACAACACUUGCACUUGGAGCUGCAAUUUCUCCUAAUUCUAUCUAUAAUGGACAACAAUUUGAAAUUAAGUUAAUGAUCUUGAAGGAUCCUACAAAUGGGAAUUGGUUGCUUAAAUUUGGAUCUAAUUUUAAUGAAGAAAUUGGGUACUGGCCAUCGUCAUUAUUCACACAUUUAAACUAUAAGGCAACGACGAUUCAAUUUGGUGGAGAAAUAAUGAAUAGAAAGUCAACAGGGUCUCACACUUCUACCCAAAUGGGUAGUGGACAUUUUGCUGAGGAGGGUUUUGGAAAAGCUUCAUAUUUUAAGAAUUUGCAAGUUAUGGAUUCAAAUAGAAACUUGAUUCCAUUGCCAAAUCUACAAGUGCUUGCAAGCAAUCAAAAUUGUUAUAACAUAAAAGGAGGGACUAAUCAUUUCAUGGGAAAUUAUUUUUACUAUGGUGGACCUGGCAAGAAUGACAAAUGUCCUUAAGAAGAUGAAUAGUAGAUGAGAGUUCACUUUUAGGAUGUGUUAAUUUGAGCAUAGUAGAAAAAUGCAUGCCAUCAUAAGUUUUUACGCUUUAGCUAUGUUGUUAAUAU